AUGGCCCCAUCCGCUAUAGAAGAGCAAAUUCCAACCGAAAAAAAUACAAUCAAACCUUGGAAUCGUCCAGAACCCACAAAAGAGAACCUUGAAUGGGCUCCAUUGGUUGAAAUUGACCUAUCUCGUUUCGACGAACCAGGCGGAAAGCAAGAGCUUGCGAAGCAACUAUACGAUGCCGUGACGCGGGUUGGAUUCUGGGUAGUUGUUGGGCAUGGAAUCGAUGACGAGCGCAUUCUGCGCCAGUUCAGUAUCGGCAAUGCAUUCUUUAAGGAGUCCCUUGAGGAGAAGCGAAGCUUCCCCUGCAAUUUUGCCGAGGGUGAAUACUUUGGCUACCGGGAGAACGAAAGGUGGGUUGGAGAUACGGGGGUAAAAGACAACAUAGAAAUGCUCAAUAUCCCUAAAGCAAUCCCUGAGUGGGAGAACGUUCCUAGACACAAAAUUGUUCGUCAGAACUACGAGGAGAUCGCAAAGUUUCAUCGCGAUCUUUUUGACAAUGUCGUUCGAAAAUUGUUUGUCUUGAUGGCAAUCAUCCUGGAGUUGCCAGAAGACUAUCUGGUCCAAGCUCAUAGCUAUGACAAGCGUUCCGACGACCACUUGCGAUAUAUGAUAUAUAACACUCGGACCCAACAAGAAUGGGACAAAGCACAGGGCUAUACGAAGGGCGGCCACACGGACUUCGGUAGCUUGACCCUACUGUUCUCACAGCAUGUUGCUGGCUUACAGAUCCGGACACCGGAAGGAUCAUGGAAAUACGUGAAACCUAUUGACGGUGGCAUUACGUGCAAUGUUGCCGACACCUUAUCAUUCCUUACGAAUGGAUUCUUGAAAUCUACAAUUCAUCGUGUUGUUACACCUCCUAGGGACCAGGUCAAUAUUCCUCGUCUUGGGUUGCUCUAUUUCGCUAGACCUGGAGAUGAAACCAUAAUGAGAACGGUACCUUCGCCUUUGCUAGAUCGUCUUGGUCUACUUACCGAAGAGGAUAAGGACUUGAACAAAACAGCCGCCACAGGAACUGAAUAUGUUCGUGCUCGGGUUCGCGAUGUGCACCAUAAGUCUGUAAUUGAUCGGCGGGAGAACACGUCCUUUGAGUUCAAGGGUUUGUCGGUUCCAAACUAUUACGAAUAG